CUGUCAAUGACAAGUAGGCGGGCAGGUGCUGGUCCAGUCCAGCCCUAACAGAGACUUCUUACUGUGGGUCUGGGUUAUAGGGCCUGAAAGGCACUGCCCUGAGGAAGGCACCCAGAGAACCAGCUCGGAAGUCCGACUGAUGGUCCUGACACUCACUCACUGCCGCGUGACCUUGGUGAAGUUCUCAGCUUCUGUGAGCCCUGGCUGUCUGUCUUCACAAACACCACCAACCUCCGCAAGCGGAGCGAAUUAACUAACACGCAAAACACAACACGGAAAGCUUGACCUUCCUCAAGGCUCUUCACUUUUUCUGGGCCUCCAACUUUUAAAACUGAUAACCUGAACAAAUGUAGUACUGUCAGUCCCGUGUUUGCUGCGUUCCUCUAUAGGAAGGAGCUGGAAGGUCCCAACUCACACAAGCGGAUGCCCGGUCCCUUCUCACGAGGGCGCCUGGCCACUCAGGGCCUCCAGAGGCCAGCAUCUGCUCCAGGACUGGGGCCCCUCCCAGGUGUAGGGGGAAAACCAUUCUUCAAACUGCUGAUAGCCCUCAUGGCUUGAAAAGUUGGUCAGACUCCGCCUUGUUGAAGCUUUCUAAAUGACAUCAGAAAAAAGACGCGACAUUCGCAAGGCACAGAGCCAACAGCCUCAGCAGUGGGGGCAUCAAUGGACUCAGGUGGGCCAGGGGGCCUCCCCGGCCGCACAAGUUGGGGCCGGUCUGCAGCAGCGAGGGCAGCAUCGGGAAUGCGAGCCUCCUCACCGGCCGGGUAAACAUAAGCCCCGAGCCCGGUGAGGCCUGCGCCGCCUGCGCCGCCUGCGGCCCGACUGGGGCCCAGCGGACAAAGGGGAGCAGGCGGUGCCCCGUCCCAGCGGCCAGGCCGGCCGGGAGAGCCAGGAGCCACGUGCCUGGUGGGAGCACGCCAAAAGCAGUACAACACUUGACCGUUUUCUUGGCCCAGCAAGGAAACCGCCUUCUACUCUGCAUUUAAAAAGAAAAACAAUGCGUUACUGCUUUAAGUUUUUUAGAACUUUUCCAGAGAAAGGCCGACUAGCAACAAGGGGUGCUACAGGAAUCCACCUCGCCUCACCUCUCCUAGGAAAUUGUAAAAGGAAUUAGCACUUGAAUGGGGAGGCCGGCGUGUCUGGAAUGAGAACGAGCCGCGCACGCAGUUUGAGGGUUCCGGGGAGCCGCGUCCUCCCCCUUCCAGGCGGCAGUCCUAACUACAGGAAUUGGCCAAAAUUCAGCAUUUCCAGACUUUCCUUGGGAAAAGGGGCCGAAGAAGUGCUGGCAACAAGAAUCUUGGACCACAACGGAGCGCGCCUCAGACUCGCGGCGGCUGGGGUCGGGACCCGCGCAGCCCCCUCCCCUCCCGGCCGUGCGCGCCCCGGGCCGGGCGCCCCGAGCCGGCCUCCACCCCCUCGGGCGCUUAGGGCCGGGCCGGGCCGGGCUGCGGCGCCCCCAUCCCCGCGCGGGCAGCGAGGCCGGGCCAAGUGGGGCGCUCCGGGCCUCGGGCCUACACGCGGCGGCAGCCUCGGCCCCGGCCCCAGCCCGCCGGGCCCCGGGCGGGGGAUGCGAGGACGCUGGGACGCGGGCCCGAGGCGCGGGAGGGGCCCAGGCCGCGCGGGGCGCCCCGACGACUCGCGGGGGCCGAGGAGGCCGGGGCUGCGCGUCCAACGCGGGGCCGAGAAAACGGCCGGCCCGGCCCCGCCGCCGCCGCUCCCCGAGCCCCCAAGCCCGGCCCCGGCUCGCCCGCCCCCGGCCCCCGCCGCCCCGACCCCGCGGCCCCCCGAUCCCCGGCCCCCGCCGCCCGCGCCGGGCCCGCCAACCACGGGCAGGAGCGCGCGAACGGCCGGGCGGGCGCCCCGAGCGCGAGGACUCACCGGGGCCGGCUCCCGAGUACAUGGUGGCGCCGCCGAGGGGCUCCGGGGCCGAGGGGCGGCCGCGCGCGCGCCACGGGCCCCGACGCCGCGAGCCGCGAGGGAGCCGCCGGCCGCACGAUCCGCCCCGGCGCGGCCGCCUCUCCAAACAGGUUUACCCGACGCGGCCGGGGCGGCGGGCGGAGGCGGCGGCGGGAGCGGGAGCAGGAGGGCGGGGGAGGAAGGCGGAGGGGGAGGGGAGGCGCGGCCGGCGGCGGGAGCGCGCUCGCGGGGGGAGCGGGGCUGGGCGCGCGGGCGGGGGCGGCGGCGGCGCCGGGUCUGGCGGGGCCUGGGGCGGGGACCCGGGGAGGGGCCUGGGGACCUGGCCAGGCGGUGGGAAGCGCGGGCGGGAGCGGGGACGAGGGCCGAGGGGCGGCGCGGCCCGUGUGGCGCGGGGGCGGGCGCGGCCCCGGGGACCCUUCCCCGCCGCCCAGAGAAGCCGCGUCUUCCCGACGGGGAGGAGCCGGGCGCCCUGGCUGUGCCGCCGGAGCGGGGUCGCCCACGCGCCCUCGCCUUCCCCGCCGCCCCCGGGGUGCAGGAACCCUCCCCCGCUGAGCCCCUCAGCCCCCAGCCUGGCUCUUUAAGUUACUACAGAAACACGGAGGUCGGGAAGCUGCCUCCCAGCCCGGAGCUUGAACUUGAACGCGGCCGGCCGCUCGCGCAGGACCACACCGCCACCUCCCGGCGCGGCCCCAGAACCCAGCUCCUCCGUUUACAGCAGUUAGAAAGUCCAACAAGUUUUUAGUACGUUGUAGCUGGUAUCAGGGAUCAGAUCAGCGGACACGCCCAUUCCAGCAGUCGGGGCCUCCUCGGACCGUCGUGCGCCUCCGAGCAUUUCUGUCCCGUCCCUCUGGGUCCGUCUGUUUUUCGGCGGCUUUCCUGGAAAAGCCAGCCUGUGGUUACCUCCUUUCUCCCCUGAGUGGUGGAGGAUUAGAAGGCAGAGGGUGACCCACAGUCUACAGUGACUGGUCGCCUUUUUCCAGAUUUCCCGGCACAUUCCUUCACCCCGUGGCAUCGGCUGUCUGCAUAUUGGGUGCAAGGCCCUGUUCCGGGCGAAGAAUAAACAGGAGUUCUGACUGCCAGGAGCUCCGCAGCCAACAGGUUCAGGAAGAACCGGAUGGCCCGUUGCUGGACUCAGAGCUCUUCAACAAUUCUUUUCCAUCCCCCAUGUUUGUGAAUGUCAGUGCUUACAGCUGCGGUCCCAGGAAGCAUGGUUGAUUCCUCAGCCCAGUGGCGCUGAGCUCAACCAUGUGACUACCAGCGGUGGACAGGAUGUCAGCAGUCCUGCCCUGAGAGGCUUACAUGCAGUUGCCCCGUCUGGCUGCGGGGUUGGUCCCAGCUAGGGGGCCUAGAGAAACCUUCCUCCCUGCAUCUUCCUCAGCCUGGUCGCCGAGAGAAUGUGAAGCCAGGUCCAUCUGGAGGCAGAGCCCCCCAGCCACAUGCAGCUGCAUCACGCAACCGCCAGCUAAUGCACAGAGGUGUCUCGAGGUGAACGUGUGCUGUUCCACAGUGAAAGCUAACUGAGUCAAAAUCCCAAGGGCCUUUUAAAACAUAGAAGUUGACAAAUUGGUGCCAAAAUGUAAAUAUAACUGCAAGUGAGUUAGAAGAGCCAAAAAUAAAGUA